UCCCCCCCAAUGUUAAAUUAGACACCAAGGUAAAAAGUCAUUGUUUUCUUUAUAUACCUCACACCAUGUGAAUCUCAUCAAUCAGACUUGACACUAUAGGUGACAGUGAGAUCAUGUGAUCAUGUUUCCAUAAGUAGGACUUAGAGUGUCACUUCAGGCUGGCCAAUCAAACGCAGUCUUGUCUCUUAAGAGUGAAGAAAAGGUCGCGAUUUCUCUCAUUCACCAAAAGAAUUUGAAGAUGAUGACAUCUCCAAAGUUUCUCUUGUAUCUGACAUGUUUUUUCUUGGGCAAAAUGGCUCACAUGUCUGUUCAUCAAGAGAGACGUUUUAUAUCAGCUAAUGUUGGAGACAAUGUAACUUUACGAUGUUUCUCUGAAGAUGAUGCUACAAGGAUUUACUGGUACAAGCAAACUCUGGGACAGAAACCAAGAAUCAUCUUAUCCUUCUAUGUGUUUGGUUCAGGCAUAAUUUUUUAUAAUGAAUUUAAGAACAAUUCACGCUUCUCAUUAGAUACUGAAGAAAAAAAAAACUUGAACAUUUUUUAUUUAAACAUCUCAGACUCGGCUACUUACUACUGUGCAAGUAGCGAAGCAAUUGUCUUGGACUUUAAGAACGGCACCAUUAUCAAUGUAGAAGGUUCAGGUUUGAAGGUCCCAGCUACGGUCCACCAGUCAGCGUCUGAGAGCAUCCAGCCAGGAGGCUCUGUGACUCUCACCUGUACAGUACUCACUGGGACCUGUGAUGGAGAACACAGUGUUUACUGGUUCAAGAAGUCGGAAGAAUCUCAGCCAGGACUCAUUUACACCCAUGGAGGCAGGACUGAUCAGUGUGAGAUGAAACACAACACACAACCACACACCUGUGUCUACAAGCUGCCGAUGAAGAGUCUGAAUCUUUCUCAUGCUGAGACCUACUAUUGUGCCGUUGCCUCAUGUGGACACAUUCUGUUUGGAGACGGGACCAAGCUGGAGUUAGAAGAUAACGCAGACUCUCUUGUCUCUGUGUAUUUCUUGAGUGGUGCUUUAAUAUUCACCACCAUCCUGGUGGUUUUACUGGCUUUCUUACUUUUCAAAAAUAACAAGAGAAACCGCUGCCACUGUACAGAGUCUCAAGCAAGAUUAUCCAGUCCCUCCACAGCAAACGCAGAGGGUUUCAGAGAUGAGGACAGCCUUCAUUAUGCUGCUUUAAGUGACAACCUGCUCAACAGACCAAGAACAAACAGAGGCAACACCAGGAGUGAAUGUGUGUACUCUGGUGUAAAUAAAACUUGAGUCCAUAUUUAUUCACAGACCUGGAGGGCUUUUUUUUAUACAUAAAUAUGUGUUUCCUGACUUAUACCAAGUGAUUUAGUUGCCUAACCUUACCUACAUACUUUUAUCUCUUAUUGUUUAGCAUAGCCAUGACCUCUUACUAAUAUUUAUUAAAAUAUAGUUCCGAAGUGCAUAUCUUGUAGAAAGCAAGACAUUUAAAAACAUUGCCGUUGAAUUUGACAAUGUUAUCUGGAGUCAUGGAAUUUGAAGAAUAAGUAUGUUUAACUCAACCGAACCAAAUCAUGUACUGCAUGUGUUUUUGUAUUUGUAUUUCAU